AUGGAGGAGAAGAUGGAGAUGGAGGAGAAAAAACGAACCAUAGAAAUAUGGAUGUUCAAAUACAGGCUUCCAGUUGAAAUGAAAAAUGAGAUUAUGCAGAACGUAGAUCGUAGAUUGGAAAGAAAAAAAAAUGUUUUUGUGGAGAACCUGUUGCGUCAUCUUCCUGAAGAACUAAGAAAGGCUAUAAAACGCUACCUGUGCUUCGAUCUACUAAAAACUGUGCCGGUGCUUCAAAAUAUGGAUGAUCAACUGUUGCUAAAGAUAUGCGACUGUCUCAAGCCAGUGUGCUACAAUGAGCACAGCUACAUUGUUAGGGAGGGAGACCCGAUUGAUGCGACGUUCUUCAUUAAAGAUGGCAUUGCAUGGACCUAUACAACGAUAAAGGUGAAGCAAGUUGCUUCUCACUCGCUGAGAGUCUUGAAAGAGAUCAAUUCUUUGGAGAAGAACUAA